GUGACUCCUCCAGCCUGGUGUCGGCGCUCUGCUACACGGUGGGGAGGUCGGCUCGGGGCAGCAGCCUGGGCGCUCUGGAGUCCGGCUCGGACUAUAAGAGUCGCGGGAUGACGUCAGAUAACCGGGUGAUCUUCGGUCCCGGGGUCAGCAUGUCCUCCUGCGACGUCAAGCUCAUCGACGACAGCGAGUACGAGCUGUCCGAGGAGUUCGAGCUCGUGCUGUCCGACGCCUCCGACAACGCCCGCACGGGCGACGUGACGGUCGCCAAGGUGAUCAUCGAUGGACCCAACGACGCGUCCACGGUUUCCCUGGGAAACGCCACCUUUACCUUCAGUGAAGACGCAGGUACCAUAGAAAUCCCUGUGCUGCGUCAUGGCAGCGACCUGACCUCUGUGACCUCUGUGUGGUGUGCCACCCGACCCUCUGACCCCCCCUCAGCCAGCCCGGGGGUCGACUACAUCCCCAGCUCCAAGAAGGUGGAGUUCAAACCCGGGAAGACCCAGGAGACCUGCAGCCUGACCAUCAUGGACGACGUCCAGAGCCCGUCCAUCGAGGGGUCCGAGUCCUUCGUGGUCUUCCUAAGCUCGCCUCAGGGCGCCGUCCUCCAGGAGCCGUACGAAGCCAGCGUGGUCAUCACCGACACCUUCCAGGACAUUCCCAGCAUGCAGUUUGAGAAGAGCGCGUACACGGUGAAGGAGAAAGAUGGCGUCCUCCACCUGCCGGUCGUCCGCUCAGGUGACCUGUCUUUGAAGUCGUCGGUCAGGUGUUUCACUCGGACCAUGUCGGCGAUGGUGAUGGACGACUUUGAGGAGCGGAGGAAUGCCGAUGAGUCGAGGAUCACCUUCCUGAAAGGAGAGAAGGUGAAGAACUGCAGCGUCCAUGUCCACGAUGACUCCGUGUUCGAGCCGGAGGAGGAGUUCCAGGUUCAUCUCGGGACGCCACUGGGCGACCACUGGAGUGGCGCGAUGGUGGGCGUGAACGACAUCGUCACGGUGACCAUCACUAACGACGAGGACGCUCCCACCAUCGAGUUCGAGCAGGCGUCCUUCCAGGUCAGAGAGCCCCCGGGUCCGGAUGGCAUCGAGGUCCUCAACAUCAAGGUGAUCCGCCACGGGGAUCUGGACCGGACCUCCAAGAUCCGCUGCAGCACCCGGGACGGAUCAGCCCAGUCCGGAGUGGACUACAACCCCAAGAGCAGAGUCCUGAAGUUCACUCCAGGGAUGGAUCACCUCCUGUUCAAGGUGGAGAUUCUGUCCAAUGAGGACAGAGAAUGGCACGAGUCCUUCUCAUUGGUCCUUGGCCCUGAUGACCCUGUAGAGGCGGUGCUUGGAGAGAUCACCACGGCAACUGUGACCAUCCUGGACCAGGAAGCUUCAGGCAGCCUCAUCCUGCCGGCCACGCCCCUCGUGGUCUCCCUGGCGGACUAUGACCAGGUCCAGGAGGUGACCCGUGAUGGCAGUAAGAGGGCGCCCCCUCCUGGUUACCCCCUGGUGUGCGUCUCCCCCUGUGACCCUCACUACCCAAAGUUCUCAGUGAUGAAGGAGCGCUGCGAGGAGGCCGGCAUCAACCAGACCCAGGUCCACUUCUCCUGGGAGGUGGCGGCCCCCACAGACACCAACGGGGCCCGCUCCCCGUUUGAGACCAUCACGGACUCCACGCCGUACACGAGCGUGAACCACAUGGUCCUGGACAGUAUUUAUUUCAGCCGUCGUUUCCACGUGCGCUGUGUGGCUCAGGCCCGGGAUAAGGCGGGUCACCUGGGGACGCCUCUGAGGAGCAACAUCGCCACCAUCGGCACCGACGGCGCCAUCUGCCACACGCCUGUUACCACGGGAACCGCCCGAGGCUUCCAAGCCCAGUCCUUCAUCGCCACGCUGAAAUACCUGGACGUCAAACACAAGGAGCACCCCAACAGGAUCCACAUCUCGGUCCAGAUCCCUCAUCAGGACGGGAUGCUGCCCCUGGUCUCCACCAUGCCCCUCCACAACCUGCACUUCCUGCUGUCAGAGUCCGUCUAUAGGCAGCAGCACGUCUGCUCCAACCUGGUCUCUCUACGAGACCUGCAGGGACUGUCAGAGUCCGGCUUCCUGGACGACAUCUCCCUGGACAGGAUCUCUCUGGGUCCUGGUUUCGAUCGUCCGUAUCAGUUCGACCCGAGCGUCCGUGAGACCCGGACCCUGCAGCUCUACAAACACCUGAACCUGAAGAGCUGCAUCUGGACCUUCGACGCGUACUACGACAUGACGGAGCUGAUCGACGUCUGCGGGGGCUCCGUCACCGCCGACUUCCAGGUCCGGGACUCGGCUCAGUCCUUCCUGACGGUUCAGGUCCCUCUCUACGUGUCCUACAUCUACGUGACGGCCCCGCGGGGCUGGGCGUCUCUGGAGCACCACACCGAGAUGGAGUUCUCCUUCUUCUACGACACCGUGCUGUGGAGGACGGGGAUCCAGACUGACAGCGUCCUCUCGGCCCGGCUGCAGAUCAUCAGGAUCUACAUCAGGGAGGACGGACGGCUGGUCAUCGAGUUCAAGACCCACGCCAAGUUCAGAGGUCAGUUUGUCCCUGAACACCACACUCUGCCCGGGCACAAGUCCCACCUGGUCGCUCCGGAUCACCUGGGAGGGAUUGAGUUCGACAUCCAGCUGCUGUGGAGCGCUCAGACCUUCGACUCUCCGUACCAGCUGUGGAGAGCAACCAGCUCCUACAGCAGGAAGGACUACUCUGGAGAGUACACGGUGUUCCUCGUCCCGUGUACGGUGCAGCCCACUCAGCCCUGGAUCGACCCCGGAGAUAAACCUCUGUCCUGCACCGCCCACGCUCCAGAGAAGUUCCUGGUGCCGAUCGCCUUCCAGCAGACCAACAGACCGGUCCCCGUGGUCUACUCUCUGAACACAGAGUUCCAGCUCUGCAACAACGACAAGGUGUUCAUGAUGGACCCGGCCAGUGCCGACGUCUCCAUGGCCGAGAUGGACUACAAGGGCGCCUUCUCCAUGGGUCAGACUCUGUACGGCAGAGUGCUGUGGAAUCCAGAGCAGACCCUGAACGCAGCAUACAAGCUGCAGCUGGAGAAGGUUUACCUGUGCACAGGUAGGGACGGAUACGUCCCCUUCUUUGACCCCACAGGGACCCUCUACAACGAGGGACCACAGUACGGCUGCAUCCAGCCCAACAAGCAGCUGAAACACCGCUUCCUGCUGCUGGAUCGGAAACAGCCCGACGUCUGUGACGAGUUCUUCCAUGACGUCCCCUUCGAGGCUCACCUGGCCUCAGACGUCCCCGAGCUUCAGACCAUGGGCGCCAUGCCGGGCGUGGACGGGUUCACCAUGAAGGUGGACGCUCUCUAUAAGGUGGAGGCGGGGCAUCAGUGGUACCUGCAGGUGAUCUAUGUGAUUGGCCCUGAGUCUCGGUCCAGCCUGAGGAUCCAGCGCUCGGUGACCUAUCAGCUGGGUCGGUCCAGACGCGACCUGGUGGACCGCAGCGGGCGCCUAACGCUGGACGAGUCUCUGAUUUAUGACAACGAGGGCGACCAGGUGAAGAACGGCACCAACAUGAAGUCACUGCGUCUGGAGGCGGGACCAUCAGCCUCCUUUAACGCCCACAUGGGCAGCUCUGUGGGAGGGGGCGUGGCCGCCGUCACCCUGCUGGUCCUGGUCCUGCUCGCGGCCUGUUUCCUGUUCCGUCGCUGCAGACGGGCGGCCUUGAAGAAGAGCAAGAAGGCGGAGAAGCCGUAUGAAGAGUACCCGCUCAACACCAAGGUGGAGGUGUGCAUGGACAAGUGUGUGGAGAAGAACUUCAGCUCCAAGCACUGCACCGUCAGGAACAUCAACGUCCUCAACCGAAACCAGGAGACACGACCCAAGGUCAAACAGGUCAACCUGGAGGUCAAAGUUCACAACAACCUCAACGACGGCACAGAGGUCUGAGGAGGAGGAGGAGGAGGAGGA